AUGAGCGACUUUGUCAAGCUCACCCCCGAUGGAGUGGGACUGGAAUUCCAGGGGGAACCCUUUAAGAUUGUCGGUGCCAAUUGCUACCUCAUUCAGCAACAUGGAGCAGACAGCAAUGGGAGUGGUAGAGGCCGCAUGGCAAACAUUAUCAAAGCUGCUGCAGACAAGGGGAUCAACGUGCUCCGCAUCUGGGCCCACAACGAGCUCACCUGGAACAGCAUCCAGAAUGGCACAAAGGAGGUCCUCACCAAUCCAGAUGGGUCGGCCUGGUUCGAACCGAUUAUUGACCCAAAUGGCAUUGAUGGCCUGGAUUGGGCGGUCGCCGAGGCAGCCAGGAAUGGUGUCAAGCUCAUCAUGAGCCUCACCAACCACUGGAAGGAGUUUGGUGGCAUCCCUCAGUAUGCCAGGUGGGCAUCCAAGAAAUCUGAUCUCAGCGAGUGGGAGUUGCAGAACAUAUUCUUCAGCAAUGGCAAGGCGCAGUCAAUGUUCAAAGCCUACAUACAGUACCUGCUGAACAGGCCCAACCCCAAGCGGGACGGUGUGCGCUACAAGGACGACCCAACCAUCCUGGCAUGGUCGAUCGCCAACGAGCCCAGGGGGCGGGUGGACCCCAGUGGGCGCACCUUGAACAACUGGAUAGCAGACACCUCCAAGUUUGUCAAGUCGCAGGACAGCAACCACCUUGUCACCGUGGAUGUCGAGGGGUUCUUCUUGACAGAUCAGGAUGGUGUCAAGGCAUCCUAUCUGAAUCCAGGCCAGCUCCAGGAUGGAUGUGACUUCAUCAAGAAUGUGGACCAUGAGACGAUCGACUUUGCAUGCAUGCACAUGUACCAGGAUCUGUGGCCAGAGGAGAGCAUCCAGGCACGUGCCCAUGAUGACUUGGACGGCAGGUUUGAGCAUGACAAGAAGAAGCGGGAGGAGUGGAUCAAGACGUGGUUGAAUGUUCACCUGAAGGCCUGCCAGGGGAAGUUGUCCAAGAAGAAACCCCUGAUUCUCUCUGAGUUCAGUGAGCGAAAGGGUAAGGACGAAAGUUUUGCCGACCGCCAAGACUUCCUCAAGAAGGUGGACGGAAGUUUUUCCGACCGCCAAGACUUCCUCAAGAAGGUGUGCUGA